AGCCAUCUGCACCACUUUUUGACACUAAUCCACUUGGCGCGAUGCAUCAAAAUCUCUCAGUGCAAGAUGACAACGUUCUUAAGGAUAAGAGAAAAGAAGGUUUUUUAAAAAAAAAUUUGUAG